GUAUAGUUCGAAACCUAUUCUACCUACCAGCUGCUACAGUCAGACCAUCAUAGCAGUGUUCCAAGUGUAGUGAACGAAUGAACCCAAACAUUUUGCAAUUUUUAAAAUAUCAUAGUGUUAAAAUUAGAUAGUUACUAGUUAGCUUAAAAACGCAAUAAUAAUACAAAAGUCGAUUUAAAAUAAAUUGAAGUACGUAUUGUAUAAGUACUAUUCAUCUAACUUUAGUAUUUUUUAAAUGUGAGAUUUAAUUUUAAAAUGAGUAUAGGUAGACCAUGUGGAAUUCGGAAGGAAAAACACUAAACGAAAAUAAUAGUGCACACUGUAAAACAAUAUUUAAACAAACUUUAAAAUUUACCAAAGAUAUACCAGAACAAAGAAUUUCACCUGAAGGAUUUUUAAUACGAGACUGUGGUUGCGUCAUGAGAUUUUUACCUAAUUUAGAUAGUAAACUAAAUAAGAAUAAGUUACAGCUCUCGACCAUUAACAAGAAUCAAAAUCAAAAAAACAUCAGUUAUACACAUCAUCGUAAUGAUUUAAAUCAUACAAAAGUUUUAUCAACAGAAAUGUAUCAAUCAACAUUUUGGAUGGAACCACGAAUAGUCCCUGUUAAAUAUACUACUGAACUAAAUUUUAACUUAGAAUCUCCAAUAAGAAAAUUUACAGAAACAAUUGAUUUACAGAUGAAAUUAGUGGCUUGUCCAUAUAUCCAGCAAAUUGGAACUACAAAACGUUUUAAAACAUCAAUCGAGACAAAAAUCCAAUCAGAGUAUACACUACCAUUAGAUAGUGCUAUUUAAUUUAAUAAUUGCAUAUUUAGUGUUA